AUGUCAAGUUUAUUUGAAUUAAUAAAAAACAACAACACCAGAAAUAGUCUUUUGGAAGCAUUAAAACCAAAGAUACGUAAAAUCACUUUAGAAAAUGUUAGUAGAGAAACAGAUUUAGUAGAAAGUAUUCUUGCAAACUUUUCCAUGACAGUACAAGCACUUGAACAACAUGGUGAAUUUAUAGAUUUUCAAAUUACGGUGGUUAAAAGAAAUGGAACAGAUUAUAUUUCAGAACAUCGACACUUAAUGUUCCCCAAUUUGGGUAAAUUUUCUAAAUUGUCCAAAAUUAAUAUCAGAAACGUUGCCAUUUUGUUAAAUCUAAUGGGGACAAUUAAAGAAAGAUAUUACUUACAACACACAAGUACAAUAAGAGACAUUUUCUACUCCAAUGUAGAAUUGUAUCAAAAACAGACUAGAGUUAAUUAUUGGUUACAAAUUAUUGCCUCAAAUUUUAAAUUAAACAAUAUUAAUAAGCUGAAUAUUGUUCCGGCUCAGAAGGGACUCAUAUUCUCUUCAAUACUAUUACAUAUUGAUGAUUCCAUUAUUUUGAAGCCUGGAUUAAUACAUUUAAUCCCAUAUAUAAACGAAAAUUCCAAGGUAACAAUACAGAAUGACGCAUGUAACUUAGUGAGACAGAUGCACUUAAAAAUAUUUGAAAAAGAAGCUAUAUUUAACAAAGUCGUUCAAAAUUAUUAUAAUAACAAUAACAGUCAAGCAUCACUUUCUGACACUAUUUUUGUUACCGGAAAGGGGUAUCCUGAUACGUUAACAAAAGUGUUAAUUGAAAGAUUGAGCCAUUGUUUAUCAAAAGAUAUUUUAAUUAGGCUUUAUGUGGAUGCAGAUCCAUAUGGUAUAAACAUUGCUCUUUCAUAUAUCAAAAACGCAUCAAAUAUAAAAUCCAUUCAUUAUAAUGGCGUCUCAAUCACCCAAUUAAUCAAAAGAAGGGGGCAGAUACUGCCCAUGAAUUAUCGAGACUACAUAAUUGCAAAAUCAACAAUACACCGUAUCACAAAGCAACUGAAUUCGAUCGAUCUCUCCAUACUUGGCACCCCUUAUCCUUCUCUUAAAUCAGAAUUACAACGACAAAUGUUUUGGGGAAAGAAGGGUGAAAUGAAUGCUCUUUAUGCAUAA